GAAUAAAGUCCGCGUGACGUCAGAGCAGAAAUAUAACACCGCCCCGCGACCGGCGAGUUCCCAUUUACCCCGCGAGCGCAGCGCGAGCCCCUCAGGUCGCCGUCGGAAGGAUUAACUGGAGAGUGCGCGCGGCCGGAAAAAAAGUUGGUUUCACAAGCGCGACGCACGCGUGCCGAAAGAUGUGUAUCGGGCCAGCGUCGAAAAGAAGACGAGCCGCCACAACGAUGGACGUCAACGCCGAAAGCCAAGAGGAUCCCUGGCCAUGUCCAUAAGCAAGCUGUACUCGUCCCGGAGCCAGCGGGGCGGGCUCCGGCUCCACCGCAGUCUGCUCCUCUCGCUCGUCAUGAGAUCCGCCCGGGACAUCUACCACACCGCCCACCUGGCGCGGCUGGCCCGAGGACGAGCCCAUGGACCACAGCGGGGUCUCACGAGGCCCGGACGCCCUCCUCCUCCCCCGCCGCCGCCGCCUCCGCCUCCGCCGCCGCCUCGCAGGAGAAUCCCGAGGAGCUGCGGAGCCCCAGCGAGGGAGGAGACGGCGGAGGACAAAGAAAACGUCAGCCCGACCAGACAGUCCAGGAAGCGCCGGGGGAAGACGUCGGUGGCGCCCGACUUCCUCCCGAGCAAGCGGGCCCGGCUGGAGCCCGGGGAGGAGCGGCACGCCGUGGCGGGGCUCGGCAGCUGUCGGACCGGGCUCGGCGAGACCUUGACCGCCUUAUCGUUCAACCCGCUCAUACCCGCGUGCUGAGCUGCUUAUCUCGGGAGGACCCCAGGACGGGGUCUGAACACUCAUCUCUCACCAAGCCGGAGAGGGAUCCGGAUCUCCUGGUUGCUGUUUGUGCACAGAUGGGGAGGGGAGAAAGGGGAGGGGAGGGGGGAGUUCAU